AUGGUGAGAGCUUACUCUGACAUGAGAGAAGCCAAUUACAAAAAUUCCGACAAAUACUUCCAUGCCCGGGGGAACUUUGAUGCUGCACAAAGGGGCCCUGGGGGUGCCUGGGCUGCUAAAGUGAUCAGCGAUGCCAGAGAGAAAUCUCAGAGAGUCACAGACCUUUUUAAGUAUGGAGACAGCGGCCACGGAGUAGAGGACUCAAAGGCUGACCAGGCUGCCAAUGAAUGGGGCCGGAGUGGCAAGGACCCCAACUACUUCCGACCCCCUGGCCUGCCUGACAAGUACUGAGCUUCCUCUUUGCUCUGCCCUCAGGAGUUGGGUUGUGAGUCCCCUGAGGGCAGGGACACCCAGUCACUGAGUUCUCUGUCCCCGGAGGCUGGUGGAGGGCACCUAAUAGAUGUCUAAUAAAUGCUUGAAGAGAUUGACUGUU